UGGGCAACAGGCGCUUACGAUUGGCCUGAAUGAGUAGGGGGCGGUGCGUCUUUCUCAACAGAGGAGUUGAUUGGCUGAGCCGUGGAAAGCGCUGUGGCUGUGUGGGCCGCCAGAAGAAGGUUAUGGAGUGAGACGUGUUUUGACUUCCCUCAGCUUUUGGUUUCAGCCUAGCGCUCUGAGCCUACGACGUUUUCACAUCUUAAUCUGCUUCACACCCUGAGCAUCGCACCGUUUCGGCUUGUUGAUUCAGCCCGAGCCCGCUUCAGGGGCACGGCUGAAAUGGAGAGUCCCAGCCUGGGGGACAGUGGAGCUGCCCCCUCCUUCACCUCCAAUGAGCAUCUAGCGCCAGACCCGCCGUGUGACUUCUGCAAGGAAAAUGUUCUGGGAUCAGAAAGAGUAGAAAAUGAAAAACAAAUGCUGAUAAAAAGCAGCAGCGAGUGUAAUCCCCCGCUACCAGAACCCACUGCUUCUGCCCAGUUUGGUGGUCCUGAAAUGACAGAAUGCCAUAAGUCUGUCCCAUGCGGAUGGGAAAGAGUUGUGAAGCAGAGAUUAUCUGGAAAAACAGCAGGAAGAUAUGAUGUAUAUUUUAUCAGCCCAGAAGGACUGAAGUUCAGAUCCAAAAGUUCACUUGCUAAUUAUCUUCGCAAAAAUGAAGAGACUUCUCUUAAGCCAGAAGAUUUUGAUUUUACUGUACUUUCUAAAAGGGGCACCAGCUCAAGAUACAAAGAUUGCAGCAUGGCAGCUCUGACAUCACAACUGCAAAAUGGAAGCAGCAUUUCAAAGUGGAACCUCAGGAAAAGAAGCAGGUGCAAGAAAAAUGUGUUUCCUCUGCCAAGUGGUAGUUUGGAAAUGCAAGGUAGCAAAGAACUACCUAACUUUACUUCUGUGCAUUUGCCUUUGAAAGAAGGUGAGGGUGUUAAUGAUGUGGACUCCAGAAAGGUUAGAAAGUCCAAAAGGAAGAUGACUACACUGAAAGAAACUCAAACUAUAAAAACUAAAACAAGGUACCAGAUGAGUCUUCCAGCUUCUGUUCAAAGUAAUAGAGAAAGAGACUGUGUGUAUAAGGCAGAUGCUGAAAGUGAACCUGCUGCACAAGAAAGUCAGCUUGAUAGAACUUCCUGCAUCUCUGAUGCCAGAGCAAGCAACGACCUCCUUGAUGUGAUGGAUGAAGAAAAGAGACUUAUAAAAGAAAAAUCACUGAGUUCAGGAUCAAAUUUGAGUUUUGAACAAAUAACUUCUGGCAUCAUAAACAAAUUUAGUUCAACCGAAGAAGCAGAACCCAACAAGAAGUGUGAGGAUACCUUUUUAGAAUCUGAGGAAAUAACAAAAGUAGAAGUUGGGGAAAGGAAGGAACAUUUGCAUACAGACAAUUUAAAAUGUAGCUCUGAAAUGGACAACAACUGCUCACAGACUGAGAAAGACUCUACAUCUGUGAAAAUAUGUCAAGAAGACACCAUCCCACGGACACAAGUAGAGAAAAGGAAAACAAGCCUAUAUUUUUCCAGCAAGUAUAACAAAGAAGUUCUUAGCCCCCCACGACGCAAAGCCUUUAAGAAGUGGACACCUCCUCGGUCACCCUUUAAUCUUGUCCAAGAAACACUUUUUCACGAUCCAUGGAAGCUCCUCAUAGCAACCAUAUUUCUCAAUCGGACCUCAGGUAAAAUGGCAAUCCCCGUGCUUUGGGAGUUUCUGGAGAAGUAUCCUUCGGCAGAGGUAGCAAGAACUGCAGACUGGAGAGAUGUGUCAGAACUUCUUAAACCUCUUGGUCUCUACGAACUUCGAGCAAAAACCAUUAUCAAGUUCUCAGAUGAGUAUCUGACGAAGCAGUGGAGGUAUCCGAUUGAGCUUCAUGGGAUUGGCAAAUAUGGCAACGACUCCUACCGAAUUUUUUGCAUCAAUGAGUGGAAGCAGGUGCACCCUGAAGACCAUAAGUUAAAUAAAUAUCAUGACUGGCUUUGGGAAAAUCAUGAAAAAUUAAGUCUAUCUUAAAAUUCUGUGAAGUUUUCAAACUAGUUUUUUAUACAUCUCUUUGAUUCUUCAGAGCGUCAUUCAGCCAACCACCUUUCCAGGUGUAUAGAUUUUAAUCAGCCCAACUGGAAACUAAUUAUGUUUUCUUAACAUGCAUGCCACUGGUAGAUCUUUGCUACUGAAUGUGCUACAACAUGUUUUGAGGUUUUUUUAAAAAACAAAUUGUGGUUUGACAACAAUCCUAAAAAUGUUUAUGACUUUUCCAAAAAUGAAAUUUGAUUUGAAGUGAAAAAAAAUUUUCUAAACUAUCAAUGAUACAAAGCAAAUUUCUGUCAACCUUGCUUGAGGAAAGAUUAGACUUUCUGUACUCUUUCUAUAAAAAUGAUGUUAUACAAUUGUUAUAUGAAGAAGUAAUCAAAAGAGUUUGCAGCCAAACAUAUAAAAGAUAGCACAGGAGAUAUUAAGCAGUUAAUUUUAAAAAUAUGUUUACUUAAAGCUAACACCUCAAAGAAAAAUAAGAUUCUUUUGUCAUCAUGUGUUGGCUUUCAGGAAUUGGAACUUUGACCCCAGUGUCCACUUGAUAACCUAAUGUGAGUGUCUGCUGCAUAUCAGAGUGCCAGCUUCUAGCUCAUGCAUGUUACUUCGAUCCCUUUAUGGAGUGAAGUAACAUGCAUGAAAAACUCGAGCAUUUACCCAUCUCUCAUCUUCCAGCUGGAGGACAGGACCUUUAAAGUUUUAUGUCAUUUUUAACACACAUUUUAUAAUGUUACAGCUUAAAUACUGAAAUAGUUGCCUUAGAAAGAACUCGCCAACCCAAAAUAAUCCUGUUAGCAAGUUUCAAUGACCAGUUGCCAUUUUAAGGUGUAAUUUGUAAAUUAAAAUGGAUUUACAGGAUUGAAGCAGUGAAAAAUAAAGAAGUGGUUGCGGAAAC